CCACACUUUGGAAGUCAGAUGUCGAUCCAUUUUUGAUUAAUUGCUCUCCUCAUCAAGGUUAUUCCCAACCUACGACCCUCGAGUUUUCUACGAGCUUGCGGUGCCUUGGGAUCCAGUGGCCACCCUAGCGAGAAUCCAGUGCGCAGUUUUGAGCGUAGCCCACCCUUCUGCAAGCGCACAUCAAAAGGUCAAACACCACAUUCAGAACGUUUGCGCACUUCAAGAUGGGAAGCAGAACGUGCUGUCGUUGCCUUCAGCGACCUCAUACAUCCCAAUCUUUCGCAGCGAAUUAUUUCAAUUUUCGGGUUUCGUCAUUACGCAGCUUCUCAGGAUCCGUACUGCGGGCCGCAAAGAGCAUCAAGGAUCCAUCUCACCCGACUGGGAUUUGGUACCACUCAUUGAAUCCGAGCUCGGGGCAACGUUGGGCGGUCUCCCUUCUGCCAGAAGCUCCGUCUAGGCCAGAAGCAGCCUCGAUACUUGGUGUGCUAUCGCAAACGCCGGGUAAGGGUUUUGAAAGCGCUCAGCCGUAUGAGCUCGCAGCUUCCAGCGCAGAUAAUUUCGCUACGAAUGCGGGCUUCGUCCAGCUUCUUCACAAGGUAUUAAAGGAGGAGAUCGUCCCGUCCGAUCCGACUCUCGAAUUUGAGGCGAAAAACAGGGAGAGCGGAUGGGCACAUAUCACUGACUCACGCCAUGCGCUCAUGCCGGGUCGCAUUGCCACCCCGGAGAAUAUUCUCGCGAGUAUUGCUUUCACAGAUUCCGCCGUUCAUCCCGACUCAUAUCAGGCCAACGAGACCUACAGAGUCUUAACAAAGGCGGAGGGCUGGAUACAGCUCAAACAGGAAUGGCUGCAGAAGGUUCGUAGGGCAUUGUUGGAGAAAAAUUAAGCAAAUUUGCAUUAUGCCGAGUUAGCACCCCGUUUUGAAUCUUUGUAUCUUCGAACAUCGAGGUUAGUGGUAGUCGACAUGGUCUACCCCAUUUCUUCAUCGAUCGCAUCGCCGAGUGUCCCUCCUUGGCUUGAGCUAUUCAGCGAUAGCCGCCGGCGCACCAUCUCGGCCUGUUCUCUGCCCGUCUUCUGAAGUGUCUUCAG